AAUCUGUAGGAAAGUGCUUCCUGUUUCUAUAAAUACACCCUGCCCAUGGUAAGAGUCCUAGCAUACUGUUUCAAACCCCCCAAAAGCCAUUACUUAUAUCAAUUAUCACCAUCCCCUUGUUUUCUUUUCCACAUAACCUGCAACUUGUUUCAUUGAUCCUCACUACCUUCUAAAGCUACAAAAACUACUAUUUUUGUUUCCUAUACAGCAGGGAAGAGGAACCAGUUAUUUUCGGUGAAAAGUACACCGGAAAGUUUUUGCCUAAAGAAAUCAUGGAGGGAAUGCGAGACACAAAGUCACAGCUUGAAAUCCAAGACCAAGAGGGUACUAAUAUUGGGUCCUCUUUGUCAAAGCUCAUAUUAGCAAGUGGCAGUGGCACAAACACCCUUGACUCAAUUUUCUCCAAUUGCCCACAAACAACAAAUGGCAGCACUAGUAGCAACUCCGUGUUAGAUGAUUUAGAACCCUUUAGGUCUUCGGGGUGUGAGUCUUUAGGCUCUUCCGUGUACCUCCGCCAAAGGGACAUCCUCCAAAAAUUCUACCAAGAAAGCCGAGGAAAUGGGAACAAUAACGGGUCUUAUAAUAUUCCCAGAUCCUUGGCAAAUACGUCUAUAAACUCUGUUUGCAGGAGUUCUUCGUUGAGUUGUUAUUCGUUGACGAAGCCUUGUAAGAAAAAGCUGUACAGGGGAGUGAGGCAGAGGCACUGGGGAAAAUGGGUGGCGGAAAUUAGACUCCCUCAGAACAGGAUGAGAGUGUGGUUGGGAACCUACGACACCGCCGAAGCUGCUGCCUACGCCUACGACCGCGCCGCCUAUAAGCUCCGUGGAGAGUACGCGCGCUUGAACUUUCCCAAUCUCAAGGACCCCACCAAGCUGGGAUUCGGUGACUCUGCGAGAUUGAACGCCUUGAAGUCCUCCGUAGACGCCAAAAUUCAAGCCAUAUGCCAGAAGGUCAAAAAGGAGAGAGCCAAAAAGAAUGCCACCAAGAAGAAGCUUCAUGAUAGUUCGGGCAGCACUGACCCUAAUGGCGGGCAGAAGAUCAACUCCUCUUCUUGCUCUUCGUCAUCGCUGUCGCAGCCGUUGUCGCCACCUUCGAUUUUUUACGAUAAUUGGGCGAACGAUUUGUUCUCGCCGGCCUCGGUUUCGACGGAGUGUCAAUCAAUGGAAACAGAGGAGUUGUUCGAAGGUUGUUCUCUGGCUAGAUUGCCUUCCUUCGAUCCCGAGUUGAUUUGGGAGGUUCUGGCCGUUUAAUUCAUUAAUACUGUCUUUCUGUCUUUAAUUAAUUAGGUUACUUACAGCGACCACCGCUGAUGUCAUGUGUAUAUAUAUUAUUAUUAGUGUGGUCUUGUUUUUGUUUGUCGGAAUGAUGAGAGGUCCUUUAGCGUUUUGAGUAGGAUUGGUAUGGCUGUGGGUUUUUUGCUCAAGGCAGUUGCUUCCUAUUGCUCUUGUUGUGAUAGACUUCUCCCUCCUCCAUUUUAAUUUUUCUUAUUCACACCACUUCUUCUGUCUGCAA